AUGAGCUCCCACGUGUUUAACAAAGCUGAUGCUGUUUUGACAAACGAAGAAGUAGUUUCUAUUUGUACCGCACUGAAAGACGACCAACUAAAGGUGUUGUGUUUGCGAGCAUGCACAAUUCAUGGGAAAGACCUCAAACGUAUUCUUAAACUGGCUGGUUCUUGUAGUUCUCUUCAACAACUCACUUUAAAUAUCGGAAUGGUGACUAACAUGAAACAUAUUGAGCUUCUAGCUCGCUGUAUAAUUGCAAACAAAUCACUCACAGGGCUUCACAUCCAUGGCAGUGAUCUCGGAGACGUGGGGAUGAAUAUUCUUGGCCGAGCGUUGAGAAAGCAUCCUGGGAUUGUGUCCCUUGAUGUUGGCGACUGCAAAUUAAGUGACAUGUCCAUUGAUGUCCUAUAUUCACUGCUACUGCCGGUUGAAAACAAACCUGGUUUGACAGAGCUGACUCUCAGUGACAAUCCUCGGAUCAGUGCUUUGGGCUGGGCCCAGCUUGGGAUGUGUCUGGCAAACUGUAGCUGCCUGCGCUGGCUGUUCCUCGACUACAACCCGCUGGGAGAUUAUGGUGCCAGCUGUGUGCUUGUGGCCCUGGCAGCUAGCCAGUCUGUGCAGGUGUUGGACUUGGAAGGCUGUGGGCUGACUGAGCAUACUGGUCAGGUGAUGUUACAUCUUGUGCAGAAUCAUCUUGGAGGUUUAAGCCGAGUGAACCUAAGCAAUAACAGGAUCCGAACCUCUACAAUUGGGUCCAUCAGGAAACAUGUCAGCGAGAACCAUUUUGAUGAUUCCUCCAGUGUCUCGACAAUCAGUGUCGAUGAUCUCUUCUUAAUGAAUGAAACCAGA